AUGACUUCAGAGACGCAGGAGACGCAGCAGCAGCAGACCCCGUUUGACGCCAAGAGUGUAGCCAUGAAGAGCAGCGCAGACGGUGUCAGUAGCCGCACCAGCCGCCCGAGAGCUGCAGCUGCAGCGGCGAAUGCCGAGAUGGCGAAGCAGGUCAAAGGCGAGGAAACACCAUUGAGCGUCGUGUUUGCCAAGGCCGCGAGCGAUGCAGCAGCCAGCAAACCCCCACAACAACGUGCCCCAGCGGACCAUGCAGCCAAGACUCAAGAUGUAGCUAUGUUACCUGAUGAUGCUGACGAUGUAGCCAUCAUGAAGGAAGAGCAGCCUCCAGCCGAGGAAGGCAGAAGGAGGCCGUCCAGAGCUGCAGCCGCUGCUGCGAACGCCGGAAUGGCUCGACAAGGUAAAGAGGAAGAAGGUUCGCUGGGCAUGCUCUUGGCUUCAGCCCAGGUGCGACCCAUGGAGCAGGAGCAGGAGGUGGUGGAGUCCAAGCCUACAAGGCCUCGAGUGGCGGCAACGACAGCGGGCAGCAAGAAAGUGGCGCAAGACACGCUGGAGCUCGCCAGCGCUGAGCAGCAGCCGCAGCGGGGCAAGAAACGACGCCAAGCGCCCGUGUUCGAAGCUGCGCCGAUCAUCACGGACCUGCCGCCGCUGCCGUUCACGACCCCCAGUCCCGAGCUGAAGCUGAAGAACAAGAGCAAGAACAAGAACAAGCACGCGGCUGCAACCACAAAGACCAAGGCCAAGCAGUCCGUGGAGGAGGAGGCAGGAGACGACGCCCGUCACUGCGAGUUCUGCAGGAAGGCGGCGAAUGUGUGCGUGCUGAUGCACUGCCACGCGUGUCGACGGGUGUACCACGUCAAGUGCUUCUGGCACGCGUUCAAGCCGUACGUGGAUGCGAAGGUGUCGAUUCUGGACCAGCUGAAGCGUCUGCAGCUUGAGGCACCCGAGCGUCGUGGCAACAUCUUCCGGUGUGCGUCGUGCAGAGCUGCGUUUGUGGAUUUCUGUGAGAGCGGCGGCUAUCUCUGGGAGUGUGACUGUCCGACGUGCGCGCAGCCGGAGAAGGCGAUUUACUACCGGCAGCGGAAACUGGUGCAGAUGAUGAACGAUAUGGAACUAGAGAAGCAGCGCAAGAAGGACCAGAAGGACAAGACCAAGAAGAGCGGCGCUGCAAAGCCACCGACCUCGACACCGAGUCGCUCAAACUCGACGUCACGCAGUCAACGUACACGAAGAGGCAGCGCAGCGCUCGAUGAUGGAGUGCUUAACGCGCGGACAACCAAGCCUUCAACAUCGCGGAGCGUGCCACCUGAAGGUCUUGAUGUGAAGAAGGAAGGAGACAAUAAUGCCGAAGGUCGUGAUGUGAAGAAGGGAGAGGAUACGAAUGCCGGACCUGUGGACGGGAUUAAUGGCAAGAAAGAUGCAGUAAAAGCGGGAAGUGAAGCCAAGGCGGUGCCGAUGGACGAAGUGCUGAGCCAGGAAGUGCUGAGAAGACUACACAUGGACCGGAAAUGGAGCAACAUGUCAGCACGGUAG